GCCCGAUUUACCGGAGUGUUUAAAACAUUCUUGCAAGACUCUAUUCGGAAGAGCUUCACAACCCACACCACACCCUUCCUACCACACGAGCAAGUGCCAUUGCUUUUUCUUUCACAUUCAUCUACCUCGGUUUCACAUCCAUUUAGUYAAAAGGGUUACGCAUUUCGACAAAAAUGGCGACUCCUCGAGCGACGCAGCAAGGAAUCCCUUUUGACGAACCAAACAAGGAUGCCGCAACGUUGUUGGCAUCCGGUGCCCCCAAUCCAGACGACACAUUCGACAAGGAUCCKUUCGAUGGGAUCGAAGACAUCUACGAUGACCUGGAAGCAGCCGGACCACAACCGCCACCACCCACCCGGGACGCAAUCAUCGACCAGGUCGGAUCAACGUAUCCGUCGGAAGGCGAAGACGUUGAAGUAACACAACAAGGGUAUUCCUUUUUCUGUGGAAUGGAUCCCUCGAAGGAGGAGUCCUCGAACAAAAUUUCCAAGCUGUGGAGAACCAUGAUGGUUCACAAGUACUGUGAAAUGAACGAAGACGGUACCGGGAAUGACGAAGGCAACAACCACAUCGACUCCGGGGCAAACCCCGAGGUUGCGGGUCCAAUCAUCCGAGUCAUGGACAACGGAGAGAAACAACACGAGGACGAGGUCGAGGUGAAACAGAUCUCACCAAAGGUUUACAAACCUGAUGAUCCCAACGAAAGCUACAACCGAGACACCAUCAUCCAACACAAGAUUGACCAGAACGAAGAAGGUGCGACGGAGAACGCAGACGAACCGAACAAACCGAGGCUCGUCAAAUGGAACCCAAARUUUCCGGAGUUACCUGCGCAAAUGCAAGUGUUUGGGUCUUCCCGUCAGCAAACCGCUGUAGAUGUUUUCGAGGAAGGCAAUGGUGAUAAGGACAUGCAAGAAGCUAGGAAGAUCAGGAAGAAUUACACCCCAUCGUUUUGGCAAUCAAUGGGCAAUAGGAAAACAUUCGGCGUAUCCCAUCGCAUUAUCUUCUUGGUGUCAAUAAACUUUUUCUUCUUUGUUCUUUUGAUCAUCCUGAUUUCAAGAUUCCAGCGCCUGGACAACAAAACCGAUGUGGAUUCCUUUUCUAGUAACGCUACAAAAACCAACAUCGCAGAGGAUUCCACACUUGUACCGGUACCCGUCGACGUAAAGUCUGAAUUGUUCCUGCUUUGCGAAGAKCAAGGAGAUACUGGCCAAGACGGCAUCGUCUUGAGGCCAAAUCAAGCUUUGGAGAAUGGAGAAUAUUUUUGUUCCCCAUCAAAGAGAUACAUGAUUGUCAUGAUGGACGAUUUGGCAAUUGUUKACGUUGAUUCCAGCGAACUUGUCUGGUCGGCAAACGUGACGGGAGCUGCCCAAAUGCUCUUGCAAGAAGAUGGAGAUUUGGUCAUCCAAGACGAGGCAGGAGAAGUGAUUUGGAGCACCGGACCGGUUCCAGAAAACACCGGGCUCUACGAUCUUCAAAUGGUAUUCAUGGAAGGCGACGAAGCUGCGAUCGCCGUUCAGCAAGCUCCCACCAGUGGGCUGACUCUUUCGGCAUCGAACUUCUGGAUGGAUGGCGUUCCAAGCUUUGAAUACUGUGAGGAUUGCGAAAAGGUGAACUUGGCAUUUCCGGUGAGAGGCACCUUCUACCUUCCGACCUWCGACGGGACGGAACUGGCAUGGCGGGACGAGAACGGGAACCGUCCCGCGCACUUUCCCAUGCAAGGGUACUAUUCGUCAAGCGACCCGGAGGUCGCGAGAUCCCACGUCGAGGGAAUGGAAUACGGCAACAUUGAUUUGGCAAUCUCGUCUUGGGAAGGUCAGGGCACCAAUUUUGAUCGGUCGAGAAUGACCAUGCUCCUGGAAGAGACCAAGAGACAAAACGGUGGUUUGAAAUGGACCGUGUACCACGAAUCGGAGCAAACGAAUCGUCCRAGUCCCGAGGCGAUUGCAUCCGAUCUCGACUACCUGAAAAAAUGGUUUGCGGGGCACGACGCCUGGGCAAACAUCGAUGGUAAACCGGUCAUUUUUGUAAACAACGAGGGAGGCUGUGACGUUGCCGAACGAUGGACGACAGGUGCCGCUGCCGACUGGUACGUUGUUUUGAGACGCUUCAACGGAUUCGAAACCUGCGAAUUUCAACCCGACUCGUGGCACGAAAGGCGCGUGAAUCCGUUCGCGAACGGGGUCGACGUCCAGCAAGGGUUGUACUACAAUCUUGCGCCCGGCGAAUGGGAGCCCGGCAGGCGGAGACCGCGUCUCGAUCGAUUGAGUGCUAGGGAAUGGUGCAACAACGUUCAAAACAUGGUGGACAGCAACGAACAGUGGCAGUUGAUCGUCAGCUUUAACGACGCUAGGGAUGGCACAGCCAUCGAACCAUCGGUGGAAUGGCGAAGCAGCUCUCCGUAUGGCUCAUUCCUGGAUUGUCUUCACGAUCCUCAACUGUUCUAGAAUUUUCUGCGCGAAGACAGAGAAUCUUAGUUCCAAACUUGUAGAAUUAUUUAUAACAUGGAAAAUAAACAAAUGCAAUGCGU